CCUCGCUCCGCUGCCAAGCAGAUCUCGCUCUCUCUUUCUCUUUCUCUCUCUCUUUCUCUCUCUCAUCAAUUCUUCAGCUCGUUCAGUCGUCGCUCUGAACAAUGGGCGAUCUGAAAUCAAGGUUUCUGGAAGUGUACUCCACGCUGAAAUCGGAGCUGCUUCACGACCCUGCCUUCGACUUUACCGAAACAUCGCGUCAAUGGGUGGAGCGAAUGCUGGACUACAAUGUCCCUGGAGGAAAGCUCAACCGAGGCCUGUCUGUUAUUGAUAGCUACAAGUUGCUAAAUGAAGGAAAGGACCUUACCAGUGAAGAAAUUUUUCUUGCAUGUGCUCUUGGGUGGUGCAUUGAAUGGCUUCAAGCGUAUUUUCUUGUCCUUGAUGAUAUUAUGGAUGGUUCUCACACACGCAGAGGUCAACCAUGUUGGUUCAGAGUGCCAAAGGUUGGUCUCAUUGCUGUCAAUGAUGGUGUGCUGCUUCGCAAUCAUAUACCUAGAAUUCUCAAAAAACAUUUCAGGGGAAAGCCUUAUUAUGUGGACCUGCUGGAUUUAUUCAAUGAGGUAGAAUUUCAGACAGCAUCUGGACAGAUGAUUGAUUUGAUUACCACUCUUGAAGGAGAGAAAGACUUGUCCAAGUACUCAAUGCCUCUUCACCACCGGAUUGUUCAGUACAAAACUGCUUACUACUCAUUUUAUCUGCCAGUGGCAUGUGCAUUGCUUAUGUCGGGUGAGAAUUUGGAAAAUCAUGUUGACGUAAAGAACAUACUCAUUGAAAUGGGAACCUAUUUUCAAGUGCAGGAUGAUUACCUGGACUGUUUUGGAGCUCCUGAGGUGAUUGGAAAGAUUGGAACAGAUAUUCAAGACUUUAAGUGUUCUUGGUUGGUCGUGAAAGCAAUGGAACUCUCCAAUGAGGAACAGAAGAAGUUGCUACUUGAGAACUAUGGGAUAGAUGAUCCAGCUCGUAUAGCAAAAGUGAAGGAACUUUAUAAUGAUCUCAAUCUUCAGGGUGUGUUCACAGGUUAUGAAAGCAAAAGCUACGACAGGCUAAACAAGUUGAUUGAAGCUCACCCGAGCAAAGCAGUACAAGCCGUGUUGCGAUCAUUCUUGGGAAAGAUUUACAAAAGGCAGAAGUAGGGAAAAGCUGCAUGGAAUUUCCAGCAGAUGCGUGUUGUACUCUCUGCUAAAGGAGGAGGGGAUGGAUGGCUUUUUUGCUUUGCUUUGCUUAUAAUAUCUCUGGUACUACAGGAGAAGUGAUAUUAAAGUGGUGUAUUUCUUAGGGUUAGGGUUUUCUUUCAUAGGGUUUUUGUUGUUGUUGUUGUUGUUAUUGCUUACCCAACAACUCUUUGCUGCAUCUUAUGCAAAUAUUGCCAUUGAGCAUUGGGAAUUUAUUGGGGGGUAAAUCAAUCAAGUUGUUUGCACUGGUAUGGUA